AUGCGGCCGCUUUCCAAGAUCCAUUGCGUCAUCCCACAUAAUUCCUCAAUCACACCCACUCCAGCUCCAGCACUCACGACACUCUUUACACGCUCUCCCUAUUCAACCUCUUCAACUCGUAUCUCUCCGCUUCAACAUAUUAUCCAGACCCGUUACCUCCACCGUCUACCUUCGUCUCCUCGUGCCAUCAACCACUCACAAAAGACCUUCCAAACCCGCCCACCCUCCUCAGUCCGCAUCCCCGCAACUCAAACCUCCCAGUCCCCUCGCUCAGCAGACUUCUCCACAUCCUCAACAACAACCAUGUCCUCAGACGACGCCUACAUGUCCUUCCUGGACAAAGCAAACGCAGACCUCAACGCUGGCCGACCCCAGCAAGGGGCCACCGAGACUGCUCGCACCGAGACCGUCGAUGCGAAUACCCAGGUUCCGAAGGCGCUGCAGUCGGUCGAUGCUUAUUAUGUUUCCGAUGCGGACGAGCCGUUUGAACCCGUUGCGCUAAAGUGGGAGGGUGCUUCGAAGGGGGAUUGGCCUAGUCCAGAUCAAUUCUCCCGCCUCAUUUCCCCCUCCGCCGAUCUCUCCCAGGCCAUUUCAACCCUGAGCCCAUCCUCCUUCGAUCCAAAGAACCAGUAUGCCUCCGUCCUGCGUGCCGUGCGCUCGGCAGCUGUGGAGAAGGACUCGGAUGCCGAUCAGUCUGGUGUUGAGAUUAAGGUCUACCAGGUAGAACUGACUAGUACGAAAUUGGAGUAUUGGGUGCUGGCAUUGGAUGUUCCUGGGAGUCGGGUGGUAGGCCUGCGAGCGAAGGCUUUUGAGUCGUAA